AUGGGAAAAAGUUUGCAGUGUAAAUGGGAGCAAAUUUCAAAUGGAGUCACAUUCAUCAUUUCAGACAAGCAAAAAUUUACUCGCUUCAUUCAAAAUGUCACAGAGAGAAGCAAAGCUUGCACUUACAUCAACAAUUGUAAAUGUUCACCACCACGAUUUAUCUACUACGUAAUGAAAAGCCUUGCAACGAUGCAACCGUCUGCAUAUCAUCAAAUACGUUUUCAAAGAUUCUUUGCUAUAACAAGUUUAUGGCCACCGAUGUACAGCCGACAUGAAAUUGAAAAUACAAUUCGACGAUAUUAUGUGAAGCCUCGGAAGCACACUGAACGCAUCAACUAUCUUCUUGAAAACAACAUAACUUAG